AUGUCCGGGAGCAAGAUCUACAGCGCCAUAGAUCUGACAGACGGUUUCUAUCCGAACCUCAUGAGGGACAGUGACAUUCCGUUCACUGCGGUCAGAACCCCAAGCGGGAUGCUUUGGGAGUGUUUAGUCAUGCCACAAGGUCUUAAGAAUGCUCCAGCUACGUUCAAUCGGAUGGUGACACAAGUACUUCGCCCACUUCGCGACUUUGCACCGAGCUACUUUGACGACAUUUUCGCUCACAGCCGCGCUGAGCAAAAGCUCAGCGCUACGGAGGUACACCUUCGACACUUUAAGCAGGUGUUUCAAGUUAUGCGCGAGAAUAAAUUGCAUGCUAAUCUGAAGAAAUGUGUCUUCUGCGCUCCCGAGAUUCCAGUACUCGGUUGUUACGUCAGCAAGGAAGGUGUCCGAGCUGAUCCUGAGAAUAUCUCAUCGAUCUGUUCCUGGCCAACGCCCAGGAACCAAACUGAAUUACGUCAAUGGCUCGGUCUGGCGAAUUACUUGCAUAAGUAUACGAAGAACUAUGCUGAGCUAAUUCACCCAUUAUCAACUUUGCUCAAGAAAGAUGCAGUAUGGUUAUGGACGGCAGAACAUCAAUCUGCCUUCGACUCCGUAAAGAAGAGCUUGUCCGAGGCACCGGUGCUGAUGUUACCUGACGACUCUAAUCCAUUCCACGUCGUAUGUGACGCGAGCAAUUUCGCUAUAGGAUGUGCCCUCAUGCAAUUUGAUGACGAGGGUCGAGAGAGCGUCGUGAGUUUUCAAUCACGACAGAUGAAAUCUGCCGAGAAAAAUUAUCCGGUACACGACAAGGAACUUUUGGCUAUGCGUUACGCGCUAAUCAAGUUUAGAGUAGAUUUGCUCGGCGAAAAGAUGUUUUCUAUCUACACAGAUCACGCAUCAUUGCGUACCGCCGUCAAGAGUCCUCACUUGUCCCAGCGUAUGCCUGGCAAGAAUAACAUUCUCUCUGACGCGCUUUCUCGUCGUCCUGAUUACGAUCCUCGGCGCGACAUGGGUCAUCAAACGGAGUAUGUUGAUGACGACGAAGAUAUCUGUGUGUGUUGUAUUGAACUGGGACUUAAUGCGAUGAUUUCGACCCCCGUGCUUUCGAUCCGAACUCAGAUUGCUGAAUCCUACACGAAUGUUUCCUUCUAUGCAGGAAUCAUCAACUAUCUCAGAAACCCGAGCGAAAAAUUACUCGUGAAGUUGACGAGACCAACACGCGACAACAUCAAGCGCUACGCGCUUGACAGUUCGUUGCUGACGUACACGAUGGACGUCUUUGAUUCCCCGCGUGUCGUCAUCCCUGCUGAUGACGACCUUCGAGCCCGAUUGGUUCAUGAAUUUCACGACAGCCCAGCUGGCGGACACCUGGGUCGCGAGAAGACGUUUGCAGCUAUUUCUCGCGUAUUUUUCUGGCCGCGAAUGUAUAAAUACAUCCAGAAAUGGGUGCGCUCCUGUGAAACCUGUCAGCGUGUGAAGCCCGCGCCGUCUUCACAAGCUCCAUUGCGCCCGCUUCCGAUUGCUACGGAAGCCUGGCGCUCGGUCAGCAUGGAUUUUAUCUUUGGCCUUCCACCGGAUGAACAGAAAUGCACGGGCGUAUUGGUUCUAGUGAAUUGGCAUCACGGCUUGCCAGAAUCUAUUGUUUCGGACCGUGACCCGCGUUUCACUUCGGCUUUCUGGGCCGAAUUAUUUCAGCUAUUAGGCACGAGGUUGCUUAUGUCUAGGGCGGCCCAUCCAGAGACGGAUGUGCAAACGGAGCGUGUGAACAGAGUGCUCGAAGAUGUCUUGCGCAGUUAUGCAACAUCGUUCUCAUCAUGGAGUUCAUUUCUUCCACUUGCAGAGUUUGCAAUCAACAAUGCUGUCCAUGCGUCAACCGGGUUGACGCCCUUUUCGUUAACAACGCGAGGCAUUCUCGCGUUCCAGCGCUGCUUGCUCUCUCAGCUUCAGAACACCCUGUUUCCAAGCUUGGUUGCUGCCGAUGCACCUAAUACUGGUAAUUUCGUGAACAACGGCAUAUCGACUCCUGACGCGAUGCUUUCCAUCGCGUCUCCCGUUGCCAAUUUUGCUCCAAAAGAGAAUACGUCGCCUGUAAUUUCGGCUGCAGUAACUGAAUUCCUACUAUUACGACAAGGAAUCACGCGUUUUGUGCGUGAUGCAUUACAAGAGGCAGCCGACAAGCAAAAUGAGAAUGCAGACAGAAGAGGUCGAAAGAAUAUGUUGAUAUUUCAAGAAGGUGACAGAGUUUUGUUAUCAACAAGUGGAUUACCAAACACCUCAGUGACGAAUUUGGGCGCUAAUAAGUUAGCGUCAAGAUAUAUUGGCCCAUUUCGGGUUGUUAAGGUGCAUGGUGACGCUUACACGCUAGACAUACCUACAUCUAUGCGUUUGCACCCGACGUUCUACGUCGGGCACCUCAAGGCUUACCUGCCGGCGGAUCUCCCUUCGAAUCUUCCCCGCUCUUCUGUGCCGGCUCGAAAUCCGACAUACCUUGACGACGACGUUGACGACGACUGGGACCAAGUCCUGCCCGAACGCGUGCAGACUCGAUCUGCUGGGCAGCCUCAGUCGCAGCAUCCGCAAGAUCUUGAGCUCUCUCAGCCAUCUCGCGAGCAUCAAGUAGGGCAUGCUUCGAUUCCUCGACUUCAGCGUGAAGUAGACGCAGCUCAUCAUUCGACUGUACAGGCGCCCGAUUACGAGAAUCGGCGCCCAUCGCCAGAGGGCUUCCGUCGUGAUGCUCCUCCUCCCUUAGUUUAUGCAUCGGGUGCGCAAAUCGAAUUUGGCGCACGUGGGGAUCGAACCAGCGACAUCACGAUCAAGAACUCUGUGGUACACCACUGCACCAACAAAAUGAUAGCGAAUGAAGUGUUUCGUUAUGAGCUGUCGCAAUUCUGGAUGAUUAGCGCCGAUAUAACUGUAUAG